AUGCUUGUUGUGGAAAGAGUUGAAGAAAAAUUAUUGGUUGGAAUUCACUGUCCUUUUUUAUUAUAUAGUAAAUCUUAAGUAAAUGAAAUUGGAGAAUACUAUAAUAAUAUAAGAGUUGCUUUUUGGAAAUAUAUUCUAAAUAAAAAGGAUACAUAUAAAUCGAAGUUAUAUCUAGCGGAGGUGGAUAUUAAGAGGCUUGAAGUUAAAAAAAUUGUAAAUGGAUUAAACUUAGUGAUGAAUUUUGGGAGUAUUAUUGCUUCUUUUGAUUUAUAAACUAAGCUAAAUCAUUUAUAAUGGUGAAUAUAAUAGUGGAAAAAAAGUCGGCCUUUGGGAUACCUAUUUUGAGAAGGAUGGGAGAUUUAAUAAUUGAUAUUAAUGUAAGAUUAUAUCAUAAUCUGUUUAUCUUUAUCACAAAUUAUGAAAAAAAAGUGGCGGAGGUUUUUAUAAUGACAAAAUAUUGAGUGACGAAUUUUUAAGGUACAUUAAAUUUGGGAGGUGGAUUGAGUUAAGUGAUAGGUUUUUGAGGUAAAGGUUUACAAGUAAUUUUUGUUAGAAACUUUUAAAUCAUUUUUAUGGGAGAAUACAAAAAAUGAUAACAAAAUUGGGACAUGGGAUAUUUAUUAAAGAGAGAAGGGAUAUAAAAAGAAUUUCAAAUUAAUGUUUAUUUUAUUUUUUUCAAUAAAUUUAGUAAAAAUAACAAAUAGAGGAGGUGGAAAAUAUGAUAGUGAAGGCUCAUAAAAGAUUGGAUAGUGGAUAGAAAUAAGUGAUGGAUUUUGGAGGUAGUAUUAUUCAUAUAAAUACAUUUGAAAAGCAAAAUAGUUGUUACAAGUGAAGGUUAGAAUAGUAAGAAAGUAGGAAGGUGGAAUUUUUCAUUUGUUAAUUGGGAUAAUGAUAAACCAAUAGAAGUGAUGAAAUUGCUCAUAGAAAAAUAAAAUAGAAGCGGAGGAUAAAAUGAGUAAAUAGAAAGGGCCUAUAGUAAUAUUAGUUAGAUAAAGACAUGA